AUGAAGAGUAGCCUGUGCUUGCUUCAACUAGAGAAAGCCUGCCUGCAGCAACAAAGACCCAGUGCAGCCAAAAAGAAAUUACUCCAGGAACUGAAUCAUAACACGAGUUUCACCAGAGGACUUUUUGUAUUUGGGCUGUGGCAGCAGACCAAUUACACCAUAGUACUUGAGAGGUUUUAUCAGAAUUGUCUGGAGACUUUUUCAAGAUCAUGUGCUGAGACCCCACCCAAGAAAUGGAAAUUUCUUAGGUCAAGCUCUAGGUCUUUGUCUGCAGUGUGCAAACUCAUAAUUGGCAUGUGGGAUCUAGUUCCCUGA